AUGGUAUCGACACUUACAUUUUUUAUUUUACUAUCAAUCGGAUUUAUUCAAGGUGCACUUACUACAAAUGAGUCGUGUAAAGUUGAAGUAUACGAUUCAUCCGAUCCAUGUGGUGGUUCAAUUUGGGUUCCCCGCUCAUGUGAUUCAGCAACACUCAAUUUAGAUGCCACGCGUUUUACAUCAUGCACUGCGGUCAGUAUUUCAUGGGCUUAUCCAAUGAAUAAUUUUACUAUCAUUAUUGAAACACCGUUUACACAACAGCUUCAAUCAUAUUCUGUUACUAUUGAUAAUUGGCUUAUCAAAGAAUCUGAUAUUCGGGUCUAUCGAAUACUAGACGGACGAGAAACUGAAGUAAAAUCAACUGAUGAUGUUAUAGUACAAAAUUCGGAUUCCAAUUAUCAAGUCAUACUUAAAUUACAAGCUCCAUCGACGAUCGGUUUAUAUGUAUUGCCUUUCAAUUAUAAAGUCAUCAAACUAUAA